AUGCCUGAAACUGGCUCAAUUCAAGGUUAUAAUCUUGUAAACUUAUUAAAGAGGCUUGAAGAUGCCACUGCAAGGUUAGAAGAUGUUACUGUUUAUCAAGAAACUUAUGUUAACUCCAAAUUUGGCUCCAAAAGAAACUCUCCUGGCACCCCUAAAGUUCAGGGAGCUGGCAAAGGAAUUGCUGAAGCAAGUGGGGCUCCUGAGGCUGGUUCUUCAGAACAAAACGUGCCAAGAAGUAUUGUUGAGUUUGAGAGGUUUUUGAAUGAAAAGGUUAAUCCGUUAGUUGAACUUGCUGAAAAAGUCGAUCCAGUUGUGCACAAGGCUACCGGACUGCUAAAGGAUGCCUUCAUUGCGCAAUUGGAUUUUUUGCGUGUAGCUAUAAAGGCUAAGAAGCCUGGGAUGGGUUCUGAAGCGUUUAUGAGUGCAAUGAAGCCCAUGAGCGAAAAGAUUGUAGCUAUUGGAGAGCUAAAAGAUGCUAAUAGACAAUCCAAAUACUUUGUGCACUUGAAUUCGAUUUCAGAAGGCGCGCCCUUGCUUGGAUGGGUUUCAGUAGACAAGCCUCUCUCACUCAUUACAGAUUUUAAGGAUGCUGCUCAAUUUUGGACCAACAGGGUCUUGAAAGAUUUCAAAGAUACUAAAGAUGGAUCAUUUGAGUGGGUGAAGAUGUAUCUGGACAUGAUGAACGACUUAAAGGCGUACGUGAAGGAAUUCCAUCCUUCAGGUCCAUCUUACAAGGCAGAUGGUUUGGACUUUGCAGAAGCCUACUCACAGGUGCUCAAAGAGGAUAAGCCUUCUUCCAAAGCGCAUGCUAGCGGAGAGGAGAAGCCUGCUACAGCUGGACAGGGAGCGGGUGCCGCACCACCACCACCACCACCUCCACCUCCUGCAGCAGUGUUUGAGAUCCAAGAGCCUGCAGCUCCUAGAGUUCCUAGCACUGGUGUUGCCGCUGUGUUUGAAGAAUUAAAUCAGGGAGAGUCAAUAACUAGAUCACUACGCAGGGUGGAUAAAUCCCAACAAACUCAUAAGAACCCAGAACUUCGUGUCUCUUCUUCCGUUCCUUCUAGUUCCGGUUCAAGGAACCUUGCUUCAAAGGGGAGGAGACCUGCUGUUCCCAAAACUACAAAAAUGCCAAGAAAGGAAUUAGUUGGAAACAAAUGGUUUAUUGAACACUAUGAAGAUCAACAGGACCCUAUUGUCGUCGAAGGAAACAAGGAUGAGUCCAUUUUUAUUGGUGAUUGUUCAAAAGUCCUCAUCCAAAUAAAGGGAAAGGUGAACGCUAUUUCAAUGACUGGAACAGAUCGUACAAAUCUAAUUGUUGAUUCCAGUAUUAGUGGUAUUGAUGUCAUUAAAUGCACAAAUUUUGGCAUUCAGGUUGAAGACACGGUUCCUCAAAUUACUAUCGACAAGAGUGAUUCUGGUGCUAUUUACUUAAGAGAGAAUUCAAUGGACACAGAGAUAUACAGCUCGUCCACAACAUCUGUGAAUGUAAACAUUCCAACUGGAGAAGAUGGUGACUUCGUUGAGCAUCCAAUCCCGGAGCAAUUGAAGCACUCCUUUGCUAAUAACAAAUUGGUUUCUACUGUGUUCGAACACGUAGGUUAA